GCUACUCCUCUUCCCCAAAAGAAAUUCGAAUUUUGGGAGAAACGUUCACUUUUCCUGCUACCAUCGCAAUCCAAAUUUUAUUUCCAUUAACGUUCACUUUUUUCCGCAAAAAUGGUGAAGAAGCUUGAAAGGCCGGAUUGUGUUACUCCAUUGGUAGUAGAUUUAUCUACUUCACCAAUCGAUGAAGGAACUCCAUUGAGACCUGUAUUUUGCCUCAAAAAGAGAGAGCAAUUGAAAGAGUUUGAAGAGAAAGAGGAGUGCUUUAUCCUCGAUUUUGAUCCUUAUGAAUCUGUAGAUAUCUCAAAGUUAUCUGUUUCCAAAAGUCUUGAUGCUUCUGACCUUUCUGUUCUCGCCGAAAAAGGAGAGGUGGCAUGUCGAGACUUUCCACAUCCAAGGCAUGACUGCGUGAAACAUCCUUUUGAGAAGACACCUCACCAGGAUUACUGUGAAAUGUGUUAUUGCUAUGUCUGUGAUGUGGCUGCUCCUUGCAAAUCCUGGACUGGGAAUUCAGCCCAUUGCCAUGCCAUGAAUAAUGAGGCUUGGAAGGCUCUGAGGAACGCCCCAAAAAAGUAAUUGAAGAAAAAGUAUUCACAACAUUGCAUCUUUCCUAGACUUGUAAAUUUUGUGCAGUGAUGGCUCGUUCGGCCCAUUAGCUGCAGUAUGGUUACGUACCUAGUUAUGAUCUGGGAUAUUAAGUUGGAUAUGAGGUCUGUAUUCAAGUGUGUCUCAAAAUUAUGCUAGAUUUUUGUAGAUAUUUUGCUUAAGGUAUGCAAAAAUGUGGGAUGAACUUGUUCCUUCUAGUAUAUUAGCGGUUGAAGUGAAGUCACCAGUAAAUGCUUCAACUUCAGUGGAAAAUGAUUUCAACAGUCCUUGCUGUUCUGUUUGAAGCCAACUCCCUUAAUUUCUUUGUGUUACAAAUUACAAUGUUGCAGAUAAAAUCUUGUGUCUUUGCGAGUACAUAUUGAUUUUUGCUUCUUGUGUUCUUGUUAUAUCUACGAGUGAACAUUAUUUAAACUCCGGGGAAGCUUUAUAGCUCAA